AUGAGAAGCUUUGGAAGAGAUAAAGAUCAGCCUCAACCACCCACACCUGCAUUAAUUCUACUAGUCUUGACGAUCUCUCUGCUCAAGCCCUUUUCAGCUUCCACUCUACCCUUUGCCAAUCCACGUAUCAUGUUGCCAUAUGGCUUUGCGACCUACAAUCGCUUAGCCCUUCAGGGGAAUGCUUCUGAGCGACCUCCUUACCUCAGCCUGAGCCAGCCGAAUGGAAGACUCGACGGCAUCGGCGGCCCAGCUACGUAUUCCGGCGAAGUGCAUUUUUGGGACAAGGCGACGGUAGAUGCUGUGAAUUGGACUAGCCACUCCAUUGCCAGGCCCGACUGUCAACAGAGAAACCCUUUCGGCAACAAACUCGCCUCACUUGCUGUUCCUCUAGCCCGUAUGGUUGCGUUUUCUUUAGAAUGGAAGAACGACAUUCUAACAAAUGUCAUCAUUGGCUUCACGAUUUUCACUGGCCGCCGUACCAACCUUCAACCGAAGGAAGAUACACUAAAAUUCAAUGCGAACUUCGGUCAUCUAGCUUGUCCCGACAGCGAUUGUUUUGCAGUUAACAUUAACUGUCACAGUAAUACGUCGGGUAUGGUUGCUCCAUUAUUUUUUAUGCAAGUGAUCGACGUCGGCUUCGGGGCUGAUGUCCAAACGGCGAUCGAGAAAGUCACGAAGGACGGGUCAUCUUCCAGUAUAAUGUACGACCCGUACACGAAAUGUUCGGGCGUGGUCUCGAGGGUUGCUGAUGGGACUUCCGGUAACGAAAUCCGUCAUCACUACUGCCCAUUCAGCUCAGGGGCAUCUAUGCAAAAGACGGUGGGUGUUUGUGUCAUAGCUUCCCCUGAAUCUGCACUUGGGCAUCGCGUUGUCCAGAUAUCGGGAUUAGUCUCCGGUUCACAGCUCCAGGUGGAAAAGGCUACCGACUCUUGGUUGAAGUGGCUGUUCAUAGUAAUGGGCGGUGUCGUUGUAUUGGUGGCGAUCAUUGUUGCUUGGGUAAAUUAUAGGUCAGAAGUCUCCAGUCCAGACAGAGAGAGAGGUGGAGAAGAAGGCAACCGUGGCGAGAAUUUAACCGAAGAGUUUGAAAAGUUGAGUGGAACCAAGAAGUUCUCCUAUGAAGACUUGAUGAUCGCGACCGAUUCUUUUGCACGUAACAGGAUUCUGGGAGAAGGGGGUUUCGGGGCCGUGUACAAAGGGUACAUGGGAGGCGCUCGCACCGUGGUUGCUGUAAAAAAAAUAAAAUUUGGUUCACGCCAGGGGGUAAAGGAGUAUAUAUCUGAGGUGAAGUCAUUAAGUCAACUUAGGCAUAGAAACGUGGUGCAACUUAUAGGCUAUUGUCACAAGGCGAGUGAAUUUGUCCUAGUUUACGAAUUUAUGACAGGAGGUAGCCUGGAGGAUCACUUAUUUAAGAACAGAACCCUGCUAACAUGGGAGAGGAGGUACAACAUUGCUCUGGGAUUAGCCUCGGCGUUGCACUACCUGCAGAAACUUUUUCAUCAAUGCGUGAUCCAUAGAGAUAUCAAAUCCAGCAAUAUUAUGCUCGAUGAAGAGGUCGUGGCCAAAUUGGGAGAUUUCGGCUUGGCUAAGCUAGUCAACCAUGCUAGAGGUCCAAACACAACCCAAGUGAAAGGAACACUAGGUUACUUGGCUCCGGAGUACCACCAGAUGGGUGUGGCAAGUAGGGAAUCUGAUGUCUAUAGUUUUGGAGUCGUUCUUUUGGAAAUAGUUUGCGGGAGAAGGGUCUUCGACUCGGAACUAGGAGAACGAGGCCUAAACCUUGUCCAGUGGGUUUGGAAGCGUUAUGGGAGCCUGAGCUUGGGUGGGCGCGGGGAAUUGAGCUGGCGCUGGCGCAACAAGUUUCUCGAAGUGGUGGACCCGAGGCUCGGCAAGGAUUUUGACAAGAAACGGGCGGAGGCCUUGUUGAUUGUGGGGCUGUGGUGUGCUCACCCCAUUGCUGCGUCUCGGCCGUCGAUUGAAGAGGCAAUGGCCGUUUUGAACUUGAAGGCAGAGCCUCCAAAACUCCCCCCGAAGAUGCCAAGGUUCAACGUUAAUUGA